UGAAUCAUCGAAACAAGUGGCUUGGUGAAGAGGUCCACUGCCUGUGGAAUUCCAUUCUGGGGUGAUUUCAGACCAGAUAAGGGCCUGUAUGGCUGUCCCAAAAUCACCCACGAAAAAUCAGCCCCCAAAAGAGGGAGACAAGAACCCAGAAAAAUCACAGUUCAUGGCUUCGAAGGCUCCGUCAUUGAUUAAUAAAUCCAAUCCAUGACCCCCAUUUCAAAUAACCUUCAAUUCUGCGACUGAACCCGGAAAUUUUCUCACUCUUUCUCUCUCUGGUCUCAAAGUUCAGGCAAAGGCUGCAUGAGUUUUUCACACCACAACUGUUUCUUCAAGCCUGUGUACUUGAAGGUGAAUCGACCAUGGGUGGGCUUAUCAUGUCUCAGACUCUCCUCUCUAUCCCUCUUCGCCAGCCUCCUUCUUCUUCAUUACGCCAUCGCUUCUCUUCUUGCCGAUGGUUGAAUCGGGGCUCUGCUCCUCUCAGGCUGAAUGGGUUUAAUUCAAGGUGUUCAAUAACAAAUACUGAGGUACAGUUUGACCAAACUGCUACUGAUGAGGGGGUCCAAGAAGAUUUUCCAGACGUUGCAUCUAAUUGUCCAGUUCCAAUCAUUCAUCUCAAAUCUGAUAUCCUUGAGACUGAGCCCUUUAAUUUACUGACUGAAGGCACUUAUGUAGAUAGUCUUUUGACGGCAUUGCCAGUUCUGUCAGAGGAGGAGCAGACUGCCCUUGCAGCAACUCCAGCCCAUCCAGCUGGAUUGUAUGCUUUAUAUGCUAGUUCCUUUGCUGGGGGUUUGGUAGAACAGCUUUGGAACUUUGCUUGGCCUGCUGCUAUUGCGUUGCUUCAUCCAAGCCUUCAACCAGUGGCUGUCAUUGGUUUUUUUACUAAGCUCGCAGUAGUUGUUGGAGGCCCUUUGGUUGGCCAACUUAUGGAUUAUUUUCCCAGAGUUCCUGCAUAUAAUUGCUUGAAUCUUGUCCAGGCAACUGCUCAUUUGUUGUCUGUAGCAAUGAUUAUUCGCGCCCACACUGUUCCUUCUACCUUGGCGUCAUCUGUACUUCUCCGUCCUUGGUUUUUUGUACUAGUAUUAGCUGGGUCUGUAGAGAGAUUAUCUGGACUGGCAUUAGGGGUUACUGUGGAGCGUGAUUGGAUUGUGCUGUUAGCAGGACCAAAUAGACCAAUAGCAUUGGCAGAAGCAAAUGCUGUUCUUAAUCGAAUUGACCUUGUAUGUGAGAUUGCUGGAGCAUCACUAUUUGGCAUUCUUCUCUCUAAAUAUGACAUCAUGACCUACUUGAAGUUUACUGCUGGUUUAAUGACAUGGACAGUGCCAGUUGUGCUUGUCCUCACAUGGUUGACCAACAAGCUUUCUUCUGGGGUUCUCAACCGCACUAAAUCUCAUGAUGCAGAGGUUACAGUGAAAAUAGGUGUGGGUGCUAUCAAGCAUGGGUGGAUGGAAUACCUGCAACAACCAGUUCUUCCUGCAAGCCUAGCCUAUGUGCUCCUCUACUUCAAUGUUCUCAUGCCAGGAGGUUUGAUGACGGCAUUCUUAACACAACGAGGUCUAAAUCCAUCUAUCGUUGGGGGGUUUAGUGGACUAUGUGCUUUCAUGGGUGUGGCAGCAACAUUCAUUUCUGCAAACCUGGUUAGGCGACUCGGCAUGUUAAAGGCUGGAGCUGCUGGAUUGAUAUUUCAGGCUUUUCUUCUCACGAUAGCUGUUGCUGUGUAUUGGAGUGGAUCCCUUUCUCAGCAGACCCCACUUCUUUUUUUCUUGUGUCUGAUUGUACUAUCAAGGUUGGGGCACAUGUCAUAUGAUGUUGUGGGGACACAGAUUCUUCAAACCGGGAUCCCAUCAUCCAAAGCAAAUCUUAUUGGGACAACAGAGGCUUCUGUCGCAAGCUUAGCUGAGUUCGUAAUGUUGGGAGUUGCAAUAAUUGCAAAUGAUGUUUCACAUUUCGGAUUUCUGGCAAUGCUCUCACUUUUCUCAGCGGUUGGGGCAGCAUGGAUGUUCUGCCGUUGGUUGGUGAAUCCAACAGAGGAACAAAGAAGUCUUUUCUCUUUUUGACCCUCAGUUAUAAUUCCCGAUGCCAUUGCAGUUAUACCAGAGCCAAGGCUCUCUGACACUGAUCGAAACCAAGACAUACUUAUAUACCUUAUACACACAUCCAUCUAUUUAAAAGAAGCUUGAGGUAUAUAUUCCCAAUUCACUUGGUGGGUUGUUGCUUAUGUUUAAACGGUUUACAGACAAAGUCUGGAAAUAUGCAUAUGUAUUAUACCAGCAUUCAAAUCACAAGCUGAAACCCAUUUUAUAUAUGGUCUCCCAUUUUCCCAUCUGAGCAAAACUCAGGUCUGAAAAUUGUUAAUGGUGGGUCCAGUUGUACAAACAUUGGAAUACUUUUGUAAAGCAUUGUUUCAUUCAAAA